UGGAUAAAACAUCCAGCAGUAGUCUGUAUUACUACAGACAAGCAAAUAUUUUAGGCCACUUAUCGCCAUUCCAAGGCAUGUUUUCAGUUAACAGAGGCUUAUGCACCCACGGCCAUGCGACCGUCCACCACCCAGGAGCAGACAGACCCAGACAGUCGCAUCACCACCACUGCCCAAGCAGCCAGUACCCCUCCAACAGGGAGGCGGUCCGAGUCAAGGUUCCUGGGAGAGACUUCCUGUGUCCGCCUGUGUUGGAUGACCUGCUCUACCAGUUCUGGAGGGGCCUUCAAGAUGAACUGGCUCCCUGGGAGGAACUCAACAAGAUCAUAGAGUUCCGCAGCAAUGAACUCAUCUGGACUGCAGAGGAAAUAGGUCUGUGGUCUCUGGAGUACAAGCGUGAGCUGACCAGCCCGCUGUGCAUUGCGGCGGCGCAGGGCUUCAGCGACUGCCUGCAGUACCUGCUGGAGCACGGGGCGCGGCCCAACCUGGUGGCGGGCGGCCGCACGGCCCUGCACGAGGCCUGCCUCAACAGCACCACGGACUGCGCAGAGAUCCUGCUCGAGUACGGCGCCAACCCCAACCAGUGCACGGAGGACGGGCUGUCACCCCUGCACCUGUGCAAGACGGAGCAAUCACUACGUUGUGCUAAGCUGCUGGUGCGCUACGGUGCUGAUGUGAACCGCAUGAGCGAGGAGGAGGAGGAGAGUCCCCUGCAGGUGGCCGCCAAGCUGGGCCUGCAGCAGCACGUGCAGCUGUACCUGCGAUACGGCGCCCAGGCCAACCACCAGAACAGCACGGGGGAGACGGCCCUGUGCGCAGCCUGCGGAGGGGCACGCGGAGACCUGGAGGAGGAGCAGGAGGAGAACUACCUGAAGGUGUGCCGUUUUCUGUUUGAGUACGGCGCGAACGUCAACAAGGUGGAUAAGGAGCGUCGCAGCCCACUGCACAAGGCGGCGCGGAACGCUCAGUACCGCCUGGUGGAGCUGCUGGUGGAGCGUGGGGCGGAGAUCAACACGCCAGACUACAACGGCUGCUCGCCGCUCUCCAACGCGCUGCAGACGGCCGAGGUGCACCACAAGAGCCGGCCGCACGCCAUGGUCCAGAUGCUGCUCAACCACGGCUCCAUCAAGGUCUGGCCUGGGGCCUUGCUCAAGGUGUUGUCUUCUUGCGCGUCAACACCUAAGACUGUGGAGGUCAUGUUUAACUCCUAUGAUACAGUACCUGUUACAUAUAAAUGGUUUGACGCCAUUCCUGAGGAGGCAUAUAAGGCGAACCCAGCCUUCUACGCUUCCUUGUUUGCCCUGGAGAACAAUGUGCGCUGUCUGCAGCAUCACUGCCGCUCGGCCCUGCGGAAGCAUUUCGGUAAAGACUGCCACGCCCUCAUUCCCCGCCUACCCAUUCCAAACCUACUGAAGAGCUACCUGCUGCUGGACCCAGAGGGAGUUGUGUAUUAGGCAGCAGUACGUACUGAGGCCUGGUUAGACACAGAACAUUUCACAGUUUUCAUUCAACACCUUGUGAGCACACACAGGAAGUUCUACAGUUGUGUUGAUCUUACUCUCUAAGUGUAUAAUUAACACAGGAACAAAUGUACCAUGUACAGUGUAUAUGAUCCCAUUAUUAUGUUCAAUGUAUGAUCUCAAUAAUAGUGUUACAAUGGUGCUGCGCUUCUGGAUUGCAGUGUUCAUUCAAUACUCAGAGAAUUUUUUUAAACUGUAGAGAGUUGAACGGGACACUACACAAUGAGAUUAUACUGUAAAUAAUCAGACCAGAGUUGAAUUAACACUGCAAAUGCUGUACAUAAGGGGGAUGCCAGUGCAACGCCAUGCAAAAUUGGGUUUGGCAACACUUUGUUACACUGUACCUAUUGAUGGAGAAAAGGGCAGUAAAAUAAAGCGUUUGUUUGACAAUAUUUAACCAAACAACAUUUAUGCUUAUGCACACUUAACCACUUUACACAAUAUUACAUGUUUUACAUGUAGACCCUGAACACUGAAAGGGAACAAGGAAAUAAAAUGUUUCUCUUCUUUGUUUUGGUGGUAUGAGGAACCAAAUUUGCAGGUGGUGCCAGAGGUGAGGUGUUUUAUAGAUUGUUUGAAUACCUCUAGAAAUCAGUUAGUCACUGAGUAUUGAUUGGGAACACACACAUCUCCACAUUGGUUCAGGUAUGGGACAGACAGUUAGGAUUACCACUACAACUGAAACUUUUGGUAUAGAAAGGCAGGUGCGUAAAUAAGCAGGAUAUGCCAAAAAGGAACAUUUAAUUUAUUUUGCCAGCCAGGGGGGUUGCUGGCUGGGAUGCGUACAGCAUACCAGUGGUAUCUGAACGGUUCUCCCCAAGCACAUGAAUCAUUCCUACUGGCAGCCAUCACCUGCAUGUCGCAAAUAGAGGAAAAGACAAAUUGAUUUGAUUUGAUUGAUUGCCCAAAUGGCCCAAAAGACGCGCACGCACGCGCACACAAGGACAGAUACAUGUAACUCAAACACCAUCUGGUAUCAUCUGGGUGAACCAUCACCCUGUUCUCAGACCGUUGGCUUUGCAUGCUGCAAUAUGGGAUCUACUCUACUGUAUUUUCAUAUGCAUUGCACUGUUUUGGCACAGGACUUGCAUUCAUAUUGCACUGUUAGCCGGCACACUGUAUGUAUAUACUCUAUGUACAAUGACACAACUAUGUACUACAAUAUAGGUUGAGGAAUUAUACAGUAUAGGCUAUGUCACAAUAGGUUUCAAGUUCCUUGGGGACGCACAGAAUGAAGUUGUUAUUCAAUGUAAAUACUUUUGAUAAAACCAAGAAUUACGAAUAAAGAGUAAUGGAUUCCAAAAAGGAGAACAUG